AUGCACUACAAAGCUUGGGCCUGUUUAACUCUGGCGCCCGGAAGAAACAACGGAGUGCCUGAAGAGGAGCAGGUGAUCCACGAGGACGAGAUCGGUAGGGAGAUCGGCGACGAUAUGGGGCCGAGAUGGAGGGAGGCGCUCCGUAACGAGGAGCUCCUGCACGGGCCGAAAAUUACGAAAUGGCGCUUGCGCGCUUACAUCGAAUACAUGUCGACAGAAACCGACGAACAGGCGGCAUCCUUGGAUACAGGCCGGACCAAAGUCGCUGGAAAGAAGCCGAAAAAAUGCACCCCUCCGAUUAUGCUGGCGCGCCUUACUGCGCUGACGUGCUUCUGCAAAGUACAGGCCAUACUCUUCGACGAGCCUCUAACGAAACCCUUGGACGACAUCACCGAGGCUCGGCAGCUUCUUGCGGUCAAGCUGCGCCAGCUGCACGACUACCAGUUCGAGCAGUGCGUCGAUCCACACCGGGGAUCGCUGGACGAUGUUUACAUAGAGGAGCAGUUCCGCAUUCUCGUUUCAGACAUCCUGCCGCACUGGGCGAAGGAGUACUUUCGGGAGUCGAUGGGUUACCCCAGUCAGUCGCUGUGGAGGGCCUUGGCCGUGAGGGUGAUGAUCCUGAUGGCGCAUCACAUGCUGGGCCGGGGGAUAAGCAUCCGCGAGAUCCGCUACUGCAAUAUGUUCACCCACGUCCUUCCGCCCAUCACGAAUAGCAAGGGGGAAUCGUCGAUCCACAUUCUCAUCGUCGCCUAUCGCAACUCAAAGACCAUCAAAGACAACAAGCUCGGCCACGUGUACCUGACGCGACAUAUGGACUUCCGGCAGUGUGGCUUCGGAGCAGUGUUCAUGUGGAUACAUUUCCUUCUCGACCUUGUGCCGCUCUACUACAACAACGAUAAGAUCGUGCCCCCCUUGGAUUUCAGCAGCCCGGAAUUGUGGUCGAAGAAUCACCUGUUCUUCGCCCUCUUCGACAAGGACAAGACCGAGUUGCCAUACGCGACUCAUGCCAAAUGGAUCCUCGCCGACAAAAACUGUGAGCUCGACAACAUCGCGCAACUGGGUCAAUGGGACAUGAACGAGAUGCGCCGGUCAUACAUCACAGGCAUCCCGCGUGGAGCCAUCCAGCUGCAAGCGGGGUUCACGACUGAACCGGGUGACUAUUACAUCGGAAGAUCCAAGAGCGAGGUACCCGAGAAGGUCCUGAAGGCCAUCGAGAAGCACAUCUUUCCGAAGGCGGAGCAGUGGCUCCAAGAGGUGAUGGAAUGGAACGACGAGCAGGACAAAGAGCAUAUGUUCUUCGCAGCGAAGAGUUUCUUGAAGGCCCUGCAAGCCGCCGGAAUGCCCAUCGCAGAGGAUCUUGCCAUGUACUACGUCCAUUGUGACGACCACCCUUUCGACGGAGUGGCUGUUUGUGACUGCGAGCGUCACCCGUACGCACAGAUGUCGGAUUUGUGCAAGGACAUGGACUUCCAAAAAUGGGCGCUUGACGUGUACCUGCUCGAAAAGUACGGCAUCGAGAUGCGGACGAACCCGACGCUGUCGAGAGCAUCGGACGCAUCCUUUCAACUCAACACCAAGCACGUCAUCACGCAACUUCGGGCGGAGGUUAACUUACACAAGGAGGAGGGAGGGAAAAAAGAAAUCAAGAUUAAGCACCUCGAGCAGAAGGUCGAGUCAUUGGAGCGGGAGAAGGGGGCGAUGCAAGCGGCGUUGGAGGCGAAGGACGAGGCUCUCGCGCGACUGCAGAACGCGUUCGACGCACUUAAGAUUACCGCGGCGAUAAGCGCGGCUACGAAUGUGGGGGAUAGCGAGAGCGUGCCGCAGACGGCGACCGAUGAAACCACCCCGCCAACACAGCAAGCCCCACAAACAACACCCACUCGACAGAGCAAGGGCAGCCAGCUCGACCAAGCCUUCGACACAGUGGUGUGGCCGUGGUGCAAUUGCGAGACCGUGCGGCAGGCGUGGUCCUACUGGGACGGGCCAAGCCCGCUGAACAACGGACACAGUCUUCAACACGCUUACAGGAGGGGCUUCGCCGUCAAGUUCAGCAAGUUCACUCCGACUCCUCCCCCCGUUCCCCUUGAAGAGGAGGCCAGGCCACAAGAGAAGCCUCCGUCCCAAAAAGCUGUCGAGUCGAAAUUGCGAAAAAUGGAGGUUAUCAUGAGGGCCGUCGAGACGUUCAGGAUCGACGACAGCAGUGCGGCUACGUCGACGGUCAUCGAGAAGCUUGACUCGAUUGUCACGAAGCACUCUAUCAACAUGCUGGCGGAAGGGCUCGUUCUCAAGGAGGAUUCGGGGAAGCAGCUGACGAAGAAGCGGAAACUCGGGACAGCAGUAGAAAACCGCAAGGACAAAGAUCGCCUCAGGAUCACGAAGGAGCUAAUUCGCGUCGAACUCCGAACCACGGAAUGGGCUGAGAAGGUGUUCAAGGACAAAUGGACGGAGUUCCUGAAAUCAAUGGGCGAGGGCCCUAGUUCGACAAGCAACCGUGCCGAGGGGUAG